UGCUCAUUCAAUGGCAACAAAGAGAUACUGCCAGAUGAAUAUUUUACCAAAAUAUGCAUUUGCAUAUGAAAUAUGCAAAUGCAUAACUAUCCGGGCCCUAGUCAUCAGCAUUGUAGGUCAUCAACAUUGUGGGUUAUGAACACUUAUUCAACACUGUAGGCUAUUUAUACUGUAUUAUUAGUUUCUACAAAUACCCGUACACUAACUUAACUUCAUUAUUCACUUGCAUUCAGUGUUAUUAAUUCUACAAAUAAGCUUUCAGUAUAUCAUCAUUCUCCUACAAUCACCAUAUAACUUACUCCUCAAACUCUCACGAAGACAAAUAGACAUUUAGAAUGCUUAAAUCUUUCAUGAAAUAGAUUAUUUCAUAGAUUAGAUUUUUUGGAUGAUAGAUAUUUUACUGUAAGUCAAGUAGAAAUGUAGAUUAAUCAUCAACUCAGUGGUCAUAUCUUUAGAUAAACUGACUUCAAAGGUUAGCUCUCACAAUCCUACACUUUCAUUAAUACUCCAUCCCUACUUAAUUGCACUACCCACCACUAAUUUCAUCUAAUAUGGUCUACCCACAUUAAAGCAAAACUGUUUUCAAAAAUUCUUUUGGCCUCCUGUCUACCAACUGCAGGACAUAACCUAUUUUGUAAUUGUUACCAAGUCUUUUUGAUAAUAUCAAGAAUAUGUUUAUGAUACUGUUAUCUUGAUCUCACAUUGCAUUUACAAUUUUUUGUCUUGGUGCCAUAUCCAACAGAUGGUACGUCCAGACUCCUUCACAGCCAGCAUCAUCCGUCGGUCAUCACGCACCAUCUCCCGUUCCACGAUUGAUAUUCCUUCCCUGGAAACAGUGUCGCCCAGCAGUGCAUGGCCCUGGACACCUUCCUCCGUGUCCCUGGAGGUUCCCACAAGGACCAGUAGGAGGUCUGCCACAGCUCUCAACAGGUCAUCUUUGGAGGUGCCAUGCAGCAGUGGUCGUCCAAGGGUGGGCAACAUACCCAAAACCAGUAUGUCAGAGAGUUUACCAGAGGAGGAGGAGGAAGAAGAGUUUCUGGUGGUUGAGACAACUGAUGUGGAGAGUUGUGAUAACCACUUGCCAGGAAGUCCCUCCUCUUGUCAUAGUCACCACUCCAUAUCCCUCCACCGUGGGUCUCAGUCCCCUACAUCCCAGUCAGUCUUCUCAGCCCACUCCUCGGGACAUUCCAGCCCCACCAUGACCCAGCCCUCACCAUCCCAGGUCACCCCUCAUCAGGCUGAUAGAAGAACUGACACCAUCAUUAAAAAGCCCCCUUCACACUGUAAUGAUGAUUGUUCAUCACCAUCAAAGCUGGAGAAGUCCAUAUCACGUAAUGAAAUUGACUUGGAAGUCAUGUCUGUAGUGUUAAGCCAAGCUCCAUCUUCAAGCCUCCAGCGGUACUCACCGGCUACCUUAGCUCGGCAGUCUUGUACCUCAAUCCCAGACAGCCUUUUUCCUCAGUCCUCUGUACAAGAAUCCAUUUCCUGUCAUCCUGCCUCACAAGCAAUAGUUACACAGGACUCUGAACCACUUACUACAGAGCAACAACAGAACAGUCCUCCCAAGCAAGAUGAUCAUCAAAGGUCACACAAAAUGUCUGGAGGACGACCCCUCUCUGGGAAAUAUAUAGGUAAAAGUAAUGACAAGUGCAAAGACCAGGACACUGCUGGAAACCAACAAUUUGAUAAAGUAAUCAACCAUCCAAGCAACCCUUGUCUUGAUGAGAAUAAAAAAUCUGCAGCUUCAGACAAAAUGAACUUUGCAACAAACACUGCACUCAUAUUAAAAAAUGGAAGCAUUGAAGGAGAAAAGUCUUGCAAGACAGUUCCAGAAAUACAGGAAAACAGGAAAAAUGGAGUUUUGAGAACCCAAUCCAGCAGAGGAAGCAGAAGUUCCAAAAAAUCUGGAGGGAUUAAGAGCAGAAAGAGUGAUUCUGCUAAAUGCAGCAAGAAUUCUCAAGGUAGCAGCUGCAGGAGUAAGGGAGCCUCUUACAAGGAUAAACCCCUCAUUUCUAGUCACACAUAUAUCUUAGAGGCCAGUGCUAAAGAUACAAAUGGAGAUUCAGUAAUAGAGGUGCAAGGAUCAGGUAGCUCUUGUAAGAGGAAUAACUCGGCAAGAGAACAACGACAAGCUACCAUCAACCACUUUAGUGCAACCCAUGUGUCUGAAUCUGUCAAGUGUAGCCUGCAGAAAGAUUCUGUGACCAGCAGUCAUGCAACUUCAGUCACUUUCCAAGAUAGCCUCCCACACAGUAAUUCUAAGUACAGUGUUGCCCCUUCAUCCAAAAAACACAACAGCAAUAGCCUCAAUAGUAGCAGGGACAGCAACAUCAGCCAUGAUAGCAGUAACAUUAGCAACUACAAUUUCACCACUAAUACGAACAGCGAUGAAGACUUCCUGAAAAAGUAUGGACUAAAUAGUAGUGUGGAGAGUGGGAUCAUCCCUGACACAACCAUGUCAUGCCUGGACACCAAUAACAUGGAGGAAUCAUAUGACCUUUUACUCAGUGAACUCUCAAAGACAUCCUCCAGUACAACUCAGGUUCUGCCUGCUACUUCGAAAUCGUUAAAAAUAUUCCAGGAAUGA